AUAUAUUUCAAAAUUAUUUCGUUAUGGACAUGUUUCGAAAAUUAAUUGUUCCCACAUGGAGACCAACACUUUGUGCUACCCGCAACUUCUGCUGCCCUGAUCAGGUGUCGAAACUUGUUGGUUUUCCGGAGAUUAAGAUGGGAGUUGGGAAACUCAAGUAUAUUUUAGCCAAAGUAUAUAUUCAUGGUGAGGAAGCUCAUGCUAAGACGGUGAUUCGUGCUGUGGGCUCGGCUAAAUACCAUCUAAAAAUUUACGAUGCGCUGCGAAAGGAAGCAGCUACCAAAAAUCUUUGCACUCAAUGCUUAGGAGGUGGAACUAUAGAUCAUAAUUUGGAGAAACGUUUCAUCAAAAUCUCUGGUCAUUCUCAGACUUUAGGCAGAGCGGAUCAUGAAGAAACCAAAUCCAUUCUAUCUGACAAAUACUCAGACUAUAAAAUUCAUUCUGAAUCUGCACCCUCUGACUGAAAUCAGCUUUAAUUUCAUUUUAAAUUAAACUAAUUGCAGUUAUUGCUAUUUAAA